AUGAAUCAGGAGUUCUCAACAGAUGUGAUCCUAGGGAAAGGUAGAGAUCUGAUCAUACUGUCGCAUGGCGUCCUGAGACUUGGGAAGACUUCCACAGCCGAGCGCGCUGCAGCACAAAGAAGAAGGCCAGUCUUCCCCAUUACCUGCGGUGAUAUUGAUACGACGCGAGGUCAAGUUGAAGAACGGUCGAACGGAUACUUCGACGUGGCCUAUAAUGUUCCUACGGGCUCUAGCAGUGUUGUGACGGAGUUUGACGAAAUAUUGUCUUCUCGGGUCCAAUGGCAAGCUCUACUACCCAAGAAGACGAGAUCAAGAAAUUUGCCCGGAUCCUGUGGGCGAAAAGUACGGACGAGCAGACGCUGUCAUAGGCGACAGAUGGGAAAUGCGCUUGAAACCGCGACCGCAUCGGCUAAGUGGGACUAUCAAGAGAAUGGAAGCAAAAGUAAUGAACAGUUGUGUCUCUCGUUAGAGCAACUCAAAGUCUUGCCCAGACGAGCGCACAUUUCGACACCCACAUAUCCACCAUGCAAGAACGAAACCCCGCGGGAACAUAGCGGUGGUUCUGCUCAUUUGACGAGAAGAAGGCGUAACAGACGCAGUCGUAGGAAAGCAGAAAGGCUGUAUGAAGACGAAGAUAAGGAUUCAGAAUCGGAUGGGAAUGAGGCAAAGAUGAAGAAGCUCAAGGCGGAGCUGGAGAGGAGAAGGAAGAUCAAGAAAUCCAUCUGUUAA